AUGGACAUCAACCGUAACGUGUUUGAAUUUGCGGACCUGUGCAAAAACUCAGCUCACAAGGAGAAUGACGUGGAUGAGAUUAUGGCGAAGAACGAAGCUCUCAAGCCGAUCGGAUUGAAGAAAGGUUUUAUUUUGAACUUAGCUUCAGUUUUUUGAGAGUAUCAAAAAAAUAAAAAAAUAGAACAAAAAAAAAUACUCAUUGGGUCAUUUGAAGCAAACCCAAAAAAACUAUUCUUGCUUUUUUUCUCAAAUAAAGAAAAUGAGAAGUUUGAAAAAAAGUUAUUUAAAGACAAAAGAUAAACUGAUCUCAGUAUUAAGAGGUGGCGCAAAACCUAUUCGAUCCAUCAAGAAACGUACUACACAACUAAAGAACUUUAAUAAAGAAAUGCGAAAAGUUUGUAGUCCAAAACAACGGCGCGAAAGGAAGCGGCUGCACACGCGUCGUUCACUCUACGGCGAACUGCAGGCCAGCGGCGAAUUGCCUCAAAAGAAAAACGGCGGAUCAGUACUUUCCUCGUUCUCCACACUGUCUAGGACCGCGCUGGCAUGCCAAAUUUAACAGAAAACUGCUGACCAGUGCGCAGAUUCUCAGCCAGUGUGCAAAGUGAGGAGAGUCUAAUCGCUACAAGUUUGCCAUUCUCUCUAAACUGAUAUAUGCGCGCUGGUCGGCCGUUUUUCAUCUGGGUGAACCUUAAUUUUAGAAUAGACAGUUUUCUACACACAACAGUUCUAAAAAAACUACAAAAAAAAACAAAAAUUCAAUGAACCGGUUUUUCUUCUUCAGGACGACUUUACUUUCAGAAUACCGAUACGUCAAAAACCAGCAUGGUCUUGAUAUGAUCAGCAAGAUCGAAAAAGUUGUCUAAGCCGACGCUUGAAAACCUCUUUGAGUACAAAGCUAAUGAAGGUUUGAUUAAUUUAAAAAAAUUUGGUUGCCCAGAACGGCAAAAGUCAGCAACAGUUAAAGAUUCUAUUGCUGAGUGAAUUCUCAGAUUUUCUCUGAAAUUUUAGAAUUUGAUAAAUAUUAAGCAGAUUUUCGCCAAUGUAAAAUAUUUAAAAAAAAAUUUGAAAUGAUUAAGAACUUUUUUGAUUACGGCUGAUUCGCGUUUUACGUUUAUUGCAUUUUUGCACUAAAACAUGUUAUCAAACUGUUUUCCACUUUCGGAUUAUCGGAAAGGUGAGCAAAUAUAUUUUUCGUUCUCAGCCCAUUCUAACUUCUGGAUUAGUUGAAAAUAAUUGAGGCUUUAUGUGUAGAAAUCGACCACCACGGAACUUCUAAAGAGAAUCGCCCGUAAAACCAAUUCCAGGAUUCGUCUUCGAUCCAGCAAUACUAAAAGGCUACUUUCAAGGUGGAGCGCGAUCGCGCGGACUCUCCAUUCACCCGUUUCACAAAAAUGAUCUAAGAGCUUGCUUUGAGUAAGUUGGACUUCCUUACUGAAAAGCAGUAUCAUUUAGACUAGAGCAAGCUCAACAGUUGGGAGCGUACCGCAAACUGGAAAUCGACUUGGAACACUUGCUGACGAAAAUUCCUCACGAGGAUAUUCAAAACAUUCUCCCAAUCUCCCUGGUCGCCAAAGAUAGACAGUAAGUUUGCAAACAAACUUUUCUAUAAUAAGACUGAAAAAAGUUCAUUAUUUUUUUGAUAAAAAAAAUUCUUAAAUUAUACUGGGAAAUCUGCUUCGAAAAGUCGGAUCACUACGAACAGAAAUUUUUUUCAGUAAUGGCUCGAUCGUCGGUUUUGCUGGUUGUCGAUUCAUGGCGUGCAACUCUGGAAGAGCCCUUAUCCUGCAUAUCAGAGCUCUUGUUGUUCGAAAGGCCCUCUUCCGCAGAUCCAUUGCUACCUGCCUUCUUCACGCCGUCACCCACAUCGCCAAGGAAUUUGUGAGUUUUUUUUCGUAAUUUGCAUUUAUAUUACCUUCUGUUUACACUCUAAAUUGACUCCACCAAAUAACAAUGAAUCCUUGAGAGGUUUUCUUUUUAGACUGUUCACUUUCAAAAAUUUUUUUUUUUUCUUUUGUGUAAUUCAUUCACAGCUUGCAAGUAUCUAAUUUUUUUGUAUUUAGAAACUUUUUUAUUUCUAAGCAUCAAAAAUAGCGACAACAAGAGUUAUAAAGUUUCUGAGAAGUAAAUGAAAAACAAAAAGAAAAAAAGUCCUAUUUUCAGCUACCAUAUGAUUAGUGAAGAAGAUUUUUUCAGAGAGUAGAAUACUUGGCAGCGGAUACGUAUGAUUGGUCGUCUCCUUCUUACCGCCAGCUCCUUUUCAAGACUGGUUUUGAAGGAGCCUGGGUCCUCACAAAUCCUGUAAUCUGCGGCAGCCGUUUGUACCUGAGACGUGUAUCUAAACCAGUCACAUUCACGCCAAGCAUGAACUCUUACGCGGCUCAGGCGAUUCAGGAGGAGAUCAACAUUCGCCAAGACUAUUAUUCGUUCCCGAAUGGGAGAUUUGUGUUGCCUAUCGAAAGACCAUGUAUUCUCAAGCUUCUUCUGCGCAGAAACUGGCGGACUUCUCAUAAAUUUAUUUGA